AUGCAGCCCUCGCUUCUUUUCCCUGUAGGGACCGCAGUCCUCGCUGCCUCCUCCGUCCUCGCCGCCAAGUGUGGCAGCGGCAGUCAAUGCGCUGAAGAUGAGCCCUGCUGCUCGCAAUAUGGCGAGUGUGGAGUAGGCGCCUACUGCCUCGGUGGCUGCGACCCUCGCUUCUCCUUCAGCCUCGACAGCUGCGUUCCCGAGCCCGUCUGCCAGUCACGCUCCCUGUCCAUGGACUCGCUCGACCGUGUCCAGUCCAUCGAGAAGUACCUCGGCGACUCCUCCGAGGCUGACUGGGUCUCGUCCGGCGACCCCCUCGUCUACAAGGACAAUGUCCUUCUGACCAUGCCUGCCUACAAGGCCGGCACCGUCCUGGCCUCCACCGUCUACAUGUGGUACGGAAACGUCAAGGCAAGGAUGAAGUCCUCGCGCGGCAACGGAGUCGUCUCGGCUUUCAUCCUGCUGUCUGACGUCAAGGACGAGAUCGAUUUCGAGUUCAUUGGAGCCGACCUCGAGACCGUCCAGACAAACUACUACUACCAGGCCAACCCUGUUUGGACCAACUCCAAGAACAUCACUGACCUCUCCGACACGUACGAAAACUUCCACGACUACGAGAUCCAGUGGACCCCCGACCAGGUCGUCUGGCUCGUCGACGGCAAGGCCGGCCGAACCCUCAAGAAGUCCGACACGUGGAACGCCACCACCAACCAGUACGAUUUCCCCCAGACUCCAGCCCGCGUCCAGCUGUCCAUCUGGCCCGGUGGUAAUUCCACCAACUCCGAGUACACCAUCGAAUGGGCCGGCGGUGCGAUCGACUGGAACUCCGAGGAUAUCAAGAACUACGGCUACGACUUUGCCACCUUCAGCUCGGUCUCCAUCGAGUGCUACAACGCCACCUCGGCCCCGGGCACCAACAAGGGCAAGUCUUACUACUACAACGAUGCCGCCGGGACCAACAACACCGUGGUCGACAGCGACAAGCCGACCAUCCUGGCGAGCUUGCAGGGCACGGGCACCGAUAUGGAGGCAGGCGCCAGCUCCGCCUCGGCUAGCAGCUCGGCCUCCACGGCCAACACCGUGCCUGGCGGCUCCAGCGGCAGCGGCGUGGGCAAUGUUGUCGGCGGCGACACGAGCGGGUCCGGCAGCGGCAGCUCCAGCGGCAGCUCCACGACGAGCAGCUCCGACUGCGCCGCCACCGGCUUCACAGUGGACUGCAACAACAGCGGCUCUGACAGCAAGAGCGGAGCUGCAGGCGGCAACGACAAGGUGUUUGGCGCGAGCGCCUUCGCCGCCAUUGUUGCGUUCGUCUUCUUGGCGUGGCUGUAA